AAACAGCUCGAAAUGUUAUUUAAAAUUUGUUUAAUCUCUUCGUUUUUACACACAUUCGGAGGAUUUGCGGUGACAGCAGCAGCAGCACAAGGUGUUUCGCCGUUGUUCAAUCAAACGAAAAUUUCGGAAUGCGCUGCAAAGGGAGGCGAAUGUGAUGAAAACAAGGGAAGACCUGUCUGCGGAACAGAUAAUCAAACGUAUCCGACGAGAUGUCACUUGAUUCGAGCCCAAUGUAGCGGAUAUCAAGUCAGUUUCAAGCAUAUUGGAACGUGCAAAGACGCUUGUUUGGCUUCUCGUGCAUACGCUUUGGCACAUCGCAAGACACAAAGUCAAAGCAAAGAAACGAAAUUCAUCCCAAAAUGUCGCAGCGAUGGAUCGUAUGCGCCUGUACAAUGUCACGGAUCUGUCGGUUGUUGGUGUGUCAAUCCGCAAGGGAAGCCAAUUCCCAAUACGAGAGUCGAUUAUGGAUACGGAAGACCCACGUGUGCUCCCAAAUCGAAAUCUAACCAACGGAGAUCGUCGCCGCGGAAGGUUGGAGUUCAAACGAAAAAAAAUUGUUUGAAAGAAGAUCGAAUUGCCUUCAAUGGAAAUGUUAUUCGAGUAUUUGUUGCUGAAUACACACGUUCGAGACAAAAUUUGCAAAAUGAUAAGCCCGUAACUCUUUCUGAUAAGUUGAUUACUGAUUGGAAAUUCGCUACUUUAGACUCGAAUCACAAUCGGAUACUCGAAAAGUACGAAUAUCGAGAACUGAAACGGAUUGUCAAAAGGCUUAUUAAACCGAAACGUUGUGCAAGAUCGUUCAUUAAAUUCUGCGAUACGGAUCGCGAUGAGAGAAUUACACGGCAUGAAUGGAGCAAUUGUCUCGGGAAGGAAUUUUCGAAUGUGCUCCAAAGUAAAACGACGUUAGAUUUGAAGCGAGAAAAUGAUCCUGGAUUACAUGAAAAUGAAUCAGAAUCUGAUUGUUUGAGCGAUCGAUUAGCUGCUGAAGAAGAACAACGAGCGGGUUCUCAAGCAAUUUACAUUCCUGAAUGCACCGUCGAUGGUCGAUAUCAACGCAUUCAAUGUUACAAAUCGGAAUGGUGUUGGUGCGUAAAUGAAGAUACAGGCAAAAAUAUUCCCGGAACGUCGACGAAAAACAAGAGACCUGUUUGCGAUUCAACUGUUACCGUUUAUCGACCUAUGAAGGGAUGCCCUGAACCUCGAAAGACAGAGUUUUUGCGAGAUUUGAAAGAAUAUCUCAAAACAAAACUACCAAAAUUGAAUUUUGAGUCGGAAUUAUGGAGUCACGGAAAUGAAGAUGAAUUAAUUGCAACGAAAAUUUUCGUCUAUUUGGAUAAAAAUAAGAAUAAACUGUGGGAACGGAAGGAAUGGAAGACUUUUCGAGAGUUAGUGAUGCCUAUCAAAAAUCUUCGAAAAUGCGGCAAAAAAAUGCCGCGAUAUUGCGACGUGAAUAGCGAUCGAAAAAUUACACUCACCGAAUGGAUCAAUUGUCUUCAGGCACAACGAAUAUCGUCACAUACGAACAUCCCAACGGCGCACGAUCAGUUGCGACAAACAACACGAGCUCCUGAUUUGCAACAAUCCUCGAAACUUGGUCGUAUUGGGCAAAAUCCCUUCGAUUCCAUACUAAAAAGUGAUUAAAACUGUGUGAGAAAAUGUUCUCGUUAAUAAAUAUAGUUUUUUUUAUGAAAUAUUUUGAACGUAUCAAAAGAAGAAAAAUAGAAAUUAGAAUAUUUUAAGUGUCUUUUUUAGUUGUUAAAAGUUUAAAUUAUUUUUUGUGCCAUUUUAUUAACAUUGCCAUGAAAAACGAAAGAAAUUCGAAAAAAAAAAUUGGUCAAAAACCGAUAAUUGUUACAUUUUUAUAUAAUAUCAUUCUGAUAAGCUCUAUUUUUGUACCAGUGAUAUCAUUAUUAGUUAUAGAAAGAGAAAAAUUGAAUAAAAAUGCAAUUUAU